CUUUACUCGCUGCUCCCCACUUCCAGGAACCCUCUUUAAUCUUCACCAGCGAUGGCUUCUGUCAAAAUCCCUGCUCUCAAUAACCCUUUCGUUUCGCUUUCCUUUAAAUCGCGCCUUCCGUCAUCAUUUUCCGUCACCUUCCGUGACAACUUGCGGUUUUCGCGCUCCUCCUCCCGUCCACAACGCCGUUUCUUGGUCGUAACCGCUUCCUCUGCUUCUAUAUCCGGAAAACCUACCGUACUCGUCGCCGAGAAACUCGGGGAAGCGGGUCUGAGUCUGCUCAAGCAGUUCGCCAUCGUGGAUUGUUCUUACAACCUCUCCCCCGAAGAGCUCUGCACCAAGAUCUCGCUCUGUGAUGCCUUAAUUGUGCGCAGCGGAACCAAAGUCAGCCGCGAGGUCUUCGAAUCUUCUGGCGGGAGAUUGAAAGUCGUUGGGAGAGCUGGUGUUGGGAUCGACAAUGUGGAUCUGGCCGCCGCCACCGAGCACGGUUGUUUGGUGGUUAAUGCGCCUACUGCUAACACCGUUGCGGCGGCUGAGCACGGGAUCGCGCUCUUGGCUGCCAUGGCUAGAAACGUAGCUCAAGCUGAUGCUUCCGUUAAGGCUGGGAAAUGGCAGCGGAACAAAUAUGUCGGUGUGUCCCUCGUUGGGAAGACAAUUGCUAUCUUGGGUUUCGGAAAGGUUGGAUCAGAAGUAGCUCGUCGAGCCAAGGGGCUCGGUAUGCAUGUUAUUGCUCAUGAUCCUUAUGCCUCAGCCGAUCGUGCUCGUGCUAUAGGUGUGGACCUAGUGAGCUUUGAGGAAGCCGUAGCUACCGCAGACUUUAUUUCUCUGCACAUGCCUCUCACACCUGCUACUGAUAAAAUCCUCAAUGAUGAGACAUUUGCAAAGAUGAAGAAAGGCGUUCGUAUCGUCAAUGUUGCUCGUGGGGGAGUGAUUGAUGAAGAGGCUCUUGUGAGAGCAUUGGAUGCCGGAAUUGUCGCUCAGGCUGCUCUUGAUGUCUUCACCGAGGAGCCACCGAAACAGGACAGCAAGUUGGUGCAGCACGAGAGAAUUACAGUGACUCCACAUCUCGGUGCCAGUACAAUGGAAGCUCAAGAAGGAGUGGCUAUUGAAAUUGCUGAAGCUGUUGUUGGAGCCCUGAAAGGGGAACUUGCUGCGACUGCUGUCAAUGCACCAAUGGUUCCUGCUGAGGUUCUAGCAGAGUUGAAACCGUAUGUCGAACUCGCUGAGAAACUCGGGAGGCUGGCUGUCCAAUUGGUCGCAGGUGUAAGUGGUGUUAAAAGCUUGAAAGUGUCGUAUGCUUCCUCUAGGGCCCCUGAUGACCUUGACACAAGGGUGCUCCGCGCGAUGAUCACCAAGGGUCUAAUUGAGCCUAUUUCCAGUGCGUAUGUGAACCUAGUCAAUGCUGAUUACACUGCUAAACAAAGAGGACUUCGGAUUACAGAAGAACGUAUCAUUAUAGAUGGUUCAUCAGAGACCCCACUAGAAUCCAUCCAAGUUCAGAUUGCCAAUGUGGAAUCAAAAUUUGCGAGCGCAAUAUCAGAUUCAGGUGAGAUUAAGGUGGAAGGAAAGGUGAAGGAUGGAAUUCCUCAUUUGACAAAGGUAGGGUCGUUUGAAGUGGAUGUAAGCUUGGAGGGUAGCAUUAUCCUUUGCAGACAGGUUGAUCAGCCCGGCAUGAUCGGUAAGGUGGGACAUAUUUUGGGUGAGGAGAAUGUGAACGUGAGCUUCAUGAGUGUUGGGAGGACCGCACCCAGGAAGCAAGCGGUGAUGGCCAUAGGAGUCGAUGACCAACCCAGCAAACAAUCUCUGCAGAGGAUUGGCGAAGUCCCUGCCAUUGAAGAGUUAGUUUUCCUCAAGCUAUAGGCUUGAUUGUGUCAUCAUAUAUCAUUUUACCUGGUUGGGUGAUCAUUUUUACUACCCUGUAGCUCACAGAAUUUUGAACGUUGUUAUCGAGUGUGCCGUCUCCAAUAAGCCAGAAUAAAUAAGUUCGAUGAAGUUG